AUGACGAAGAGUGAUACCAACACCAUUCGUCUCCUGAAUGCCGCCACCGUCAAUGGUUACUCUAUUGUAACCUACCAGCGCCCUCUGAGAGCAUCCGACCAAUACGACAGGCCCAUCUUGACCAAUCGCUCGCAAGCCAUCAUUUGGGCCGUGGGGCCCCUCAACCAGAGGAAAGAGGUGUCCUUCCACACCAGCUACCUCAAGAAGAACGCUCUCAUAGAUUUCGGCAGGCCAGCCAGAUGGAAUUGUCCGAUGCCGGAAACUGACCAGCCUCCCAUGACCUCUGUGCAGAUACCAUCGAGGUCUGUAACCGCUGAACAGAAAGAUUCAGAUGAAUACGAAACCCCAUUGGAAGUAACUACAAAAAGGACAAAUGGCAGACGUCGUGGAGGUAAUAACAGAGGAACAUCAAGACCACAAGAAGAUAGCUAUGAGGAUUCGGAGAAAAGUGCUUCUAGGAACAAGGAACAGAGUCAGGGUGUCCCACCACCGACACCGGUUAAAAAAAGAGAAGCCUGGGAAAUUCCUCCCAUUCAGUGUUACGAGCCAGAAGAUGGAGUAUUCUACGCACAGAUGGGUCCUACUGCCAAAGAUGGUUCCCCCGUGCCCACGGGUACCGGUCGUUUGUGCCACUGGACUCAAACCGGUGAUUUGGAGGCAGACGACUUCCAAUCGUUCGGAGCCUACCAGCGCACUCUAGAGCUGAAAUGCGACCAAGGCGAACCAGGAGUCAUCCAGUGGACGCCUGAUAGUAAUACGCCAGACACUGUCUAUUACCAGUUGCAAAAUCUAUGA